AUGGGUGUCACCGGCCUUUGGACAGUGUUGCAGCCUUGUGCCCGACCUAUCAAACUCGAGACCCUUAACAAGAAACGGCUGGCCGUCGACGCGUCCAUUUGGAUCUACCAGUUCCUAAAAGCAGUGCGCGACAAGGAGGGCAAUGCGCUACGCAACUCGCACGUUGUCGGCUUCUUUCGCCGCAUAUGCAAAUUGUUAUACUUCGGCAUUCGACCUGUCUUUGUCUUCGAUGGCGGUGCUCCGGUCUUGAAACGACAGACGAUCGCCGCGCGCAAGAAAAGACGGGAGGGUCGAAGGGACGAUGCGACGAGGACCGCAGGGAAGUUGCUUGCAGUGCAGAUGCAACGAUCCGCAGAGGAGGAAGCUGAGGAGCGGCGGCGGAACAAGAAACGUCCUCCGCAGGGAGACGUGGUUCCUGAGGCUCCAGUCUACGUGGAGGAGGCUUUCAUGAACGAGCAGGAAAGACAAAAGUCUCGAAAAUUCCGAAAGAAGGAUGCGUAUCACCUUCCGAAUCUGGAUGUCUCGCUGGAAGAGAUGGGUGCUCCUAACGACCCUCGCAUCAUGUCACAAGCAGAGCUGGAAGAAUAUGCGCGACAGUUCCACCAGGGCCAAGACAUUAAUCUUUACGACUUCUCUAAAAUUGACUUCGACAGUCCCUUCUUCCUCAGUCUUCCCGCCACCGACCGAUACAAUAUCCUGAAUGCAGCAAGGCUUAGGAGCCGACUGAGAAUGGGUUAUUCCAAGGAACAGCUUGAUACCAUGUUUCCAGACCGUAUGGCCUUUUCAAAGUUUCAAAUAGAACGAGUCACGGAACGAAAUGAUUUAACGCAACGACUAAUGAACAUCAACGGCAUGAACGGAGAGGAGGCGUUCUACAAAUCUGGACAGCGAAUUGCUGGAGAGCGUGGUCGAGAAUAUGUCCUAGUCAAAGAUAACAAAACUGAAGGUGGCUGGGUUCUAGGUGUUGUGGGGAACAAAGAAGCCGGACGGGAAGACAAGCCUAUUGAUGUUGAUCAAUACGGCUUACCAGACGCGGAUCCUGAGUCAGACGACGUGUCGGAUGAUGACGAAUUCGAGGAUGUACCAAUCGAAGGUGUCAACAGGCUACCAAAGCUGCCUUUCCUUCGAGAGGGUCUAUUCGAUGAAUCUCUAGAGCAGGCUCAAGAAGCCUCCGAUAUGCAAAGAACAUUAUUUGAAUCACGCAGAGAUUUGCCCACCCCGGCACAAGAUACUGAAGACGAUGCGCUGUUCGUCCAAGGCGAUCGUGGCAUUCUUUCACGGCAUCAUAAUCAAGACGCCGACCUCUUCGAUGAUGAAGAGGAUGACGAGCUCCAAAGAGCUCUCGCUCUAUCGAUGCAGCCGAACGAAAUUCCAGAGGACGAUAUGCCUGAUAUCUCUGUUAACCAGCCUUUGGACACAACAGCUCGUCCCGAGCCUGCACCAGAACCGGCGUUCGAUGAAAGUGAUGACGACGGCAUGGAUUUUUCCGCUGCAGUGGCUCAAACCAAGGUCUCUGAGAAGAAGUAUCAGGCUGAAACCCCAUUCUCGGGGCCACUUCCUUUUGAGUCUAUUACACUCAAUAAGGUCACCCAAAGGGCUGACGAAACCCAUGAGCUUGACAAUGAUGCGGGCGGUUUCAUCAAGGAAACUUCCAAGAAGAAGAAGACCGAACCGCUUCCUCCAUGGUUCUUUGGGGAUAGACUAAAUGAGGAAUUCAUUACGGAUCCAACUUUCGAGAACGAGGGCAAAAUUCCAAACGAGGCACACCCUGACGACCUCUUUCUCUCCAACCAUCGAUCACCCGACAUCAUUGAUGUUGAUGACAUGUCAGAGACUAAAGAAGUCAUCGAUCUAGAAGCGGAGUCAGAGGAGAGAGUGGCCGAGGCAUCUACAUCUAUGGAAGUCGUCCCAUCAGAAGACGCGAAAGAAACGAAGCUUGGGUCUGCUCUUCCCCAAAUGCUCGAUGCAGAGUCCGCCCAAGCAGCGGUUAUAAAUAAGCCGAUCGAGAGCAAGGCUCCGGUGGGUGAACUUGAGCAAACGCUGAUCACGGAAGCUAAAGAAGAGUCCAAGGCUCAGGAACAAGCGUCGCAGACAUCGGCCUCUCCUGAACCAGAGUUUGAAGAUGUCUUGCCUCCGGUUCCGGCCCCAGCACCGAGUCCUCCCCCUGAGAUCUCUGUGGUCACCGAUCGCCAUCCCGAGCCACAAGAAGCGCCCGCGCAAUUUGACCACUUUGUCGAUGAUUAUGGCGAGUUCAGCGACCCGGAAGAUGAAGAGCUCAUGCGACAGCUUGCAGCUGAAGGGGAGGAACACGUUCGGUUUGCCCAGACGCUCAACUCGGAUGUCCUUAAUCAGGACGCCUUUGACUAUGAACAAGAACUCAAGCAGCUACGGAAUCAGCAACGGAAAGAUCGACGUGAUGCGGACGAGGUGACACAGAUCAUGAUCAAUGAAUGCCAGCAGCUGCUUCAACUGUUUGGGCUGCCGUAUAUCACUGCGCCCAUGGAGGCCGAGGCACAGUGUGCCCAACUCGUCUCCUUGGGACUGGUGGACGGGAUUGUCACCGAUGACAGUGAUACUUUCCUUUUCGGCGGCACUCGCGUUUACAAGAACAUGUUCAAUCAGAGCAAGUUCGUGGAAUGCUAUCUAUCCUCUGACUUUGAGAAGGAAUAUGCCCUCUACCGGCGCAAGCUCAUCAGUUUCGCGCAUCUGCUGGGCAGUGAUUACACCGAAGGAAUUCCCGGCAUCGGUCCCGUCACGGCUCUCGAAAUUAUCACCGAGUUCUCGAGCCUGGAGGAGUUUCGCGACUGGUGGACCCAGGUCCAGAUGGGCAUGAGCAAUCCCACCGACGUCCAUCUCGCCUUCCAGAAGAAAUUCCGCAAGAAGGCCUCCAAGAUUUUCCUGCCGCCAUCGUUCCCUGACACCCGAGUGGACACCGCCUACCUAGAGCCCGAGGUCGAUGGGGACCCGUCGCCAUUCCAAUGGGGUGUGCCUGAUCUGAAUGGCUUACGGCACUUCCUCAUGUCGACGAUUGGCUGGAGUCAAGAGCGCACUGACGAGGUUCUGGUGCCUGUGAUCCGAGACAUGAACCGUCGGGAGCAGGAGGGCACACAGUCGAACAUCACACAGUUCAUGCAGGGUCCUCAGGGCGCCGGAGCAUUUGCGCCGCGGGCCCGCACUGGCGGUCCCAGCCGGAUGGAGAAGGCUUUCGGCCGACUGCGGCAGGAGGCCCGUGGUGGCCGAGCGGCGCCGCGCAGUGACGAGGCGGCAGCUGCAGUGGAGGAUCGGGCCGGCGAGGGCUCGAGCUCGACGGGCAAACGAGGCCCCAGUAGUAAAGCUACCAAGGGCAGUAAAAAGCAGAAGACUCGCGCAGACUCUUCAACUGCAUGA